AUGUGGAAAGACAACAGCACUGGAUCUGGAAGCAGUGCUGCAUCAAGGAGCGCAAGUCGCAGAAAAAGGACAAGUUUCUCCAAGGAGCAUGUUGAGCUUCUCCGAGCCACAUUUGAGACAGACCCCUACCCGGGAAUCAGCCUUCGAGAGAGUCUCUCCCAAACUACAGGACUGCCAGAGUCACGUAUACAGGUGUGGUUCCAGAAUAGGAGGGCUCGCACAUUAAAAUGCAAGGGUGGCAAGAAACCGCUGUGGCAAUCCGAUUCCCCGUACAGUACCGUGCCGAAUUCACCACUUCAACCAUGCUCUUCAAGCAGGGAGGGUAGCGAUCGUGGCAUGGCCGCUAUGCCCCUGUGCACUCCGCCACCUGCAUACCCCAACCAGAUAAAAGAAGAGAUGGAAAGGAAUGGCGUUUAUGUGUGUCAAACACCAUCUUCCAUGUCAGUCGGUAAUGAUUCAGGCUACUGUACCCCAUCAUAUGGACAUCAACAGGGCAGACCCCUAAACACUCACGGAAGUUCCCCUGUUUUAAAUAAGGAACAUCAGAUGCCCCCCACCUGGGCUGCAAGGUAUGAGAGGAGGUCACCUAUGAGCUCCAUGUGGAGUCCCUUUUAUUCCGAUUCAGUCUAUGCCUGCAAUACCAGCUCCACUCAUGGCUUUUACUACUCUCCAUCUGAAAACCACAACAGUCUACAACCAUUGACCCCUGUCACACCAGACUCAGGCUGUUGGGAGGGUGGUUUGGAGGGCACUCCCCCAACCUCCAGCUCUUUUACGGUCGAGAACCUAGAAGUGACCGAGAUGGAGAGUCCACAGGAAGGGGGCGUUCACCACGGUCCUCUGCCUGAGCUGCCUGCCCUGUCCUUGCACGAGAUCCUGGGAGAGUUGCAAGGAGAUUGGUGGCAGGGAGACGGACCGAACAGCCAAUCUGAGGACAGCCAUGUGUAUCGCUGAGCAAUCUAUUUAAAACUAUUUAUUCAAUGUAUUUAUUUACACAAAACAUGCUUAACCAUGUAUUAUUUAUCUUAUCUGAAAGUUUACACCUGGAACAGAUUUCAGGAUGUUUUCUGACUGAUCAAAUGGGCAU